CACACACACACAAUAUAUAUAUAUAUACAUAUACAUAGUAUGUAUACACGAUGAAUGUAUAAUUUCUCGGUUGUACAGAUCUGAGCGUUAUCUCCAAAAUGUUCUAUUUUAUAUAUAAUUAUUACAUUGCAUUCAAUGUAAGCGAUAUCUUCCAAUGCCGGCAUUGCAUCGCGUUGAGAAAUGUUUGUAACACUUCUGAGACAUGGUCGUUUGUAAAGUGUAGGAGGGAAAACAAGGUUGUGAGGCCCGAUGGUCCCGGUACCCCGACUAAGGUUCGCCAGCUUCAUGGAUUUAUUUCUACUGUGGGAAGAAGAGAGUACGAGGUUGUGCUAAUGAGGAUUAAUGAAUUGUAUCGAGGAAGCUUUAAUAAACGUGGAUUAGCGCAUUCCAGUAUCAUCACGCAAUUUCCCGAUGAUUUUUAUCCGACUGAUAUGCAAUGGCAUCCGCGGCUGAAUUAUGGAGCGUUAAUUUCCAAGAAACAGACGUUAGAUGUUCUGUUAAUUACUACGGCAGAUGGAAAAUACCACUUAAUUAAUAAGAAUGGUCGUAUAGAAAAAAGUGUCGAUGCUCAUAAAGGAGCAACUACAGUAGGCAGAUGGAGUACCGAUGGCUCUGCACUCUUAACGGCUGGUGAGGAUGGUUUAAUAAAAGUCUGGUCACGAAGUGGUAUGCUUCGCUCUGUCGUAGUCAGAGGUACAUUUCCUGUUCUAUCUGCUGCUUGGAGUCCAGAUUGUACAACAGUUCUAUAUUCCCAGGGAGCGCAUAUAAUAUUUCAGUCUUUAAACUCGAAUUCCAAGCCACGGAAGUUACUGGCACAUGAAGGACUCAUUUUAGUUUUGUGUUGGAGUCACACCAAUGGACUCAUAAUCUCCGGCGGAGAAGAUUGCAGGUAUAAGGUAUGGGACUCUAAUGGCACACAACUAUUCUCUAGUAACAUAGGGGAUCAUCCUAUCACAUCAGUGAGUUGGAAUUACUCAGGGAACCAUUUUGCCGUAGGAUCGUUUAAUACAAUCAAACUUUGCGACAAAACCGGGUGGUCUUAUUCAUUGGAAAAAAUUAAUUCUGGAAGCAUAUAUUGUAUUGCCUGGUCUAGCGAUAGUACUCAAGUCGCUAUGGCUUGUAGUAAUGGAACUGUAUUAACUGGACACAUAAUAGACAGGAGAUUAGAAUGGAACAAUUACGAAGCUACAUUAAUGAAAAGAAAAGUGAUCGAAGUCAGGCACAUUGGUAACGAAAUCCGAGAGACAUUAGAAAUAUCGGAUCGCGUGGUCCAGUUAGAAUUCGGUUUUGAUCAUUUGGUUGUCAUCACGCCAGCUCAAUGUCACAUUUAUUCGGUAGUAAAUUGGAAUACACCGGCAAUAUUUGAUUUAAAGAGUACCAGUGUAUCGGCAGUGCUUCUUGCAGAAAAACAGUUUUUAUUAGUGGAAUGGAACAGCAUAUCGUUGUACAGUUAUCAAGGACGUUUAUUAGGAACACCGAAAUGGAAAGGAAUGACGCAGGAGCGACUUCAUCCUCCUUGCAUAUCAUUAUGUUCGGACACUUUAAUCAUAAGAUCGCAGAGUAACGAAAAAUUGCUUCACGUCUUGGAAGUCGCGUACAAUAAGCCAAUAACAGAAAGUCAACCCUACAUGCAUCUUCAAAAUAUCACAAGGGUAGCAUUAAAUCAGGUAGGAGGGCCAAAUGAUCGACAAGUGGCAUUAAUUGACGCAAAUAAAGAUUUGUUUCUGGUUUCUGUCAGAACUACUGGCUUUGGUAGAGUAUGUAAAAUAGCUGCAAUGGCGCAAGAUAUCGCAUGGGCGACAGAUGCAAAUGUUCUGGCAGCGAUGCUGGAUGCAAUGUUGUCUGUAUGGCUGUGUCCUAAUUGUUUACAUUAUAGCGAUAGGAAAAUAAUAAGGAAAACAAGAAUUGACAAAGAAAGCAGUGAAUUUGGGAAACAACCAAGUAUUUCGAGUGUAUAUAAUGGUAUGGUAAUGAUACGACGUGGAGACGGAGCAUUAGUGGCGUCUUCGUUUUACACGUUCUUCAUUAGUCUUCAUCAACACAUAUUAAAUAAGAGGUGGAAAGAAGCGUUAUCUCUUUGUCGAAUUGCGCAAAAUGAGAUAUUGUGGACGUGUAUGGCAGUAAUGGCAACUGAGAGUAAGGAGCUGAAUGCCGCGGAAGAAGCGUAUGCAGCUAUUUCGAGAUACGACAAAGUCGACUAUAUUCAAUACAUAAAGAGUUUCACCAAUAAAACUGAAAGACUAGCAGAAAUGGCGCUACUAUCGGGUGACUUGUUGACUGCAGAAGGCAUACUCCUGCAGAAUGGAUUAAUUGCAGAAGCUAUACGUAUUAACGUCGAAGUGUACAAUUGGAACAGAGCAUUAGAGCUGGCUAUUAGACACAAAAAGCAACAAGAAGAAGUUUUAAACGCAAGAAAGAAAUAUCUUCAAGUGAUCAAUAAGGAAGAAACAAAUCAAAGUUUCCUUGCGUAUAUUGCGAAUAUCGCAAAAGUACAAGAUAUUAAUGAAACAAAUAAAGGUCACGUUCGAGAUACUAUUGAGAAAUCUCUUACAAUAAGUCGAGAGGAGCCUGAAUUGUCGGAACAAGGAUUUUCGAAACAUGAGACAUUGGACCAAGAAAUGCAUAUGUGAAAAAGCAAUACGGCUAGCGUUUAUACAAAUUGUUUAUUAAAAUAUCUGAAAUUUAAAUAUAAUGAGUCCUUAUUUGAAUGAAAAGGAUCGUCUAAGUUAUUAGACCAAGGAACAUUAUUUACAUUUAAUGAAAAUUUGAGAAUAAUUAAAAAUUUGUGCAGAAGGAUACUGUGAAAAUUUUUAUUACAAUAAAUUACUGGAUAAAUAAAUGUUUAUAAGAAUAUAUUUAGUACACGUUAAAAAAUUAAAACUUUUAAAAAUAGUAAAAAUAUAAAGACGAUUAACAUGGAAAAUAUAAAUAAUAACACAACCUUAUGCGUGUACCACGUUGUUUCUUUUGUUACUGGCCUAUAACGAGUUACCAAGGCGGACUGAAAUUAAUAAGACACGUUUACAUAACGAAAUUAUCAUAGUUACUUUAUUUAAACUACACUAUAUAUU